GAAUGGCUUUCGCUUCGUCCCAUCCAGCUCGCAGUGAUCGGGGAUCGAUGCUUCUCUUUCGAGCCGCGGUGGAAAUCUCAUUUCCCUUCCCUGGCCUGAGGAUGAGCCCACCCCCCCACCCACCUACUCGAGAGCCCUGGCUCUAGCCUCUGACCGCGCACUCUGUGCGGCCGUCGAUCGCAAGACUAUCGCUCGAAGGACGCGGACCGAGGCACUCUGUGCCAGAGCCCGGCCCCCCGCCCCCUCCCCCUCGCCCGCCGUCCUCGACCAGAUGGACGGACGAGCUGCCGAGCCUCGGCCACGGCAAUUCCAGAGCAGUGAGAGAGAGAGAGACCAGUGACCGACCGAACGGAUGGUCCAGCCCCAUGGCCUUGAGAUCGAUGAUCGUCGUAAGAAUAAACAUGCUCUCCAUUUGACGAAUUCUCGCCAAAUGAAUUUGACUCGAAAGCUCGUCGCAAUUCAAAUCGACUCGAAUCUUCAGAGGAAGCGAGUACGAUUUCCUUCUUCUAGCUCCAAAUUCGACCGAACCGGAAAGACCAAUUUCGUUCUGCGAGCUGAUGAUCGGCUGCCAGGUCCAUAGCCGGACCUGGGCGAUGGAGGAGGAGAGGGGGCUGCGUGGCGUGAAGCAGACCAGGGCUACGAGGGGGUUAGCUCCGGUUGCUCGGGGGCGUACUGUUGUCACACGAAGCACGGGCACGAGAAGAUCUGUCUGUGGUGGAUCAGAGAGACUGGGGCUGGGGCUGGUCAGGACUGCGGGAUCAGGCAGGUCAGCGCCAUCGGCGCUCGUGUCGUGGAGCGAGGGGCGAGGGGCGACGAGGCAGAGCUCGCCGAUCGGAUCGAGCGCUUUUGCGAGUCGCGCUGAUUACUACUACACGACAUUAUGGCGACCCCCCGUCUCGAACAGUGGGGCUAGAUCGGGGCCUAGCACGGCACGAUCGAAGACCGACGGACGGACCAUCGUCCGAUCGGUCGAUCACUCGCUUUCGAGCUCCUCCGUCGCGCCUUUCGUGCAUCGAUCGAUCCGGACGAUCGCUUUUCUGACCCGCUGCCGCAGAUUGAGCUGCGCUUCAGAACGAGUCUUUAGCCCAACAGUGCCCCCUCUCUGCAGAGCUCGCUCGCUCGCUCGAGGGCAGGGCGACGAGACGAGCCGAGGGGCUGGGGCUGGGGGAGGGGGAGGGCUUAGCUUGGCUUGGCUGGUCGGGGCUAUUUUCGUAGAGUUGGGUCGACGAUCGAACGAAGCUUUUCGAUGCGCUCCGAGAGCCUGCUUUUCGAGGCGAAAAGGAGCAGCUCGGUGGCUGGAAAGGCGGCUCUUCUUCCCACACACACUCUGGAAAGUGGGCGACGAGUGAGCGAGUGCACAGAGUUCCGCUGUCGAAGCUCGUCCGUGCGUUCGCAUGUCAUAAAUACCACACGAGCUCUCCCGUCGCCGGCCCCUUCUUCACCUUUGACCGUGGCCGAGGAGGAUUCAUGGCGCCUGAUUUUACGCCUCCCUCCCUCGCUUGCUCGUUGAAUCGAUCCCUCGCAGUAAUCCCUCGCUUUUCACCAGCCAGCCCCAAGCGCUUUCGGGAAAUUCUCUCUGACCGACGACGACGACGACGACGACGUUCUUCAUGAUGUCAGAGGCCUAAUUGUGAGAGUGAAUGAAAAGUGAAAUGGAAUUGUGACUCGAGGAGGAACGAACAAAGAAACAAGAGAGAUCGGACAUUGCAUCCGUCCAUCUUUCUUUCGACCCAAGACCAUCGAUAGCCGAAUGGAAGGAUUGAGGGACGCGUCGAUGCUUCGGUGCAUCGGCGAUUCGGUUCCUUGAACGAAAUGAACCACAUUUCUUGAACAAAUCCAGCUGCCCAUCGAUCCGAAAGAAACCCGCGGUUCCGUCGGGCGUGGGCAUAAAGACAAGCCCAAGCUUUUCCGAACCCUUGGAACGAGCGAGGGAGCUCUCGUCAUCGCACCGGUGAGCGAGCUCGAGCUCGGGUUCAGCUGUACGAGCCCCGCCCGUCCAAUCUGCAAGAAAUUGCCUUUUGGUCCGGACAGACUGGCGAGCAGUGGAAAUCGGCUCGAGCCGUAUCCGGAUGGGAAAGCUUGGACUCGUUGACCAUCACGCGGCC